AUGCCUGAUGAUAUUCUGCCGAUCGAGAUCUCCAAUGAAAAGUCAGACGAGUACGCUCUAUGUGCAUUUUUUUAUGAAUACCGCCUCGUCUCAACCGAUCAGGCGGCCUCUCGCGGCUUUUUGAGUAACCUUGAGCGAACUCUUCAUCGACUAGGUCCAAAAUCUAAUUUGGCACAAGCCUGCAGACUGGUUUCUGGGGCCACUCAUGGCAUUAAGCUUCGCCGUCCGGUUCUCACUUUUCAGGCCAAUCAUUUAUAUCAUGAGCUGUUGGCAUCAUUGGCGCUUGCAAUACACGACUCUAUAUCAGCAAUAAGGAGAGAUGAAUCUAUAUUAGUUGCCAUGCUCCUGGGCCUUUAUGAGAUUAUUGUUGCCGACUCCGUCCGCCCAGGUGACCACGAUGCUCAUGCAGGGGGGGUGGCAGCCAUGUUACAGAUCAACAACUCGCCUCUAAGCCUUUUACAGGCAAUCCAGGAUGGUAAUCUAUUUUUCUCCCAUCACACGUUGCAGAAUCCUUGCCGCGGUUUACUCGUUAUUCCCAAUUCAAAAAAUACCAGUAGGCCCUUGGAUGAUUUUCUACUUCAACUUGGUUCCCUCUGGAACCGAACAAAGGUUGCCUUGGCCGGUUCACAAUUACAAUUACGCUCUGCCCUGAGAGCGGAAGCAUUAUGUCUCGAGAAUAACCUUUGUCAAUGGGAGAAGUCAUUGGACAACCACUUCCAUCCGAGUACGGUCCACCACGUACUAUGGAAAGAACCAACGACCGGAUACGAAAAAAUCAAUGUGGGCUACUGGCCUGGCAAAAUUGAUACAUACGUUGACCACUACGUUGCAGGGGUGUGGAAUACGUACCGGGCAGCGAGGCUAGGACUUUUGAGCCUGAUCCUUGACCUAUCUCAAGAUACAGAUGAUACCAGGUCUCAUGAUAUACAACAUGGUUAUGCUAAAGGACUGGUCUCAGACAUGCUCGCCUCUAUUCCAUACCACCUAACUGACGACCUACACGUUUUUUCCCGCGACAUGAAAAGGCAAAAUGAAAUUGCAAAUCCCGGGAAAGCAAUCCAUGGCUUGCUACUUAUGCAUGCAAUUUAUAUCACUUCUAAUCUUUCAAUUGUAGAACCGGAUGUCCGUGUGCACUUGAAAGAUUGCCUUGUGUGGAUCGGGAAACAUAUGGGCAUUGGACAGGCAUCGUUUCUAGCCACUGCUACCAAGGUAGACACAAAGUACUUUGCUGGAAGCUGCAUGAUUGUGUUAUUCGGUUUACUGGUUUGA